AUGCUCUCAUGGGUUUUGCAGCAACCUUCACCUUCAAUGCUCAACUUGUCUCCUAAUACGACGUCGUUGGCUCCACUAUCUGCUUUCAUCUCUCAACCCUUUCCUCUCAACAGUUCACGCAGAACAUGGAUUGACCAGAAAAAUCACCGGGCCAUCAAACUGAAAUGCCUUCUUUCUAAAGUCAAGAACCCGCCAUCCCCAACUCCCGAGAACCUUGUGAAAGAAUCCCACAAGUACUUUGAUGAGGUGAUCAUCACCGUCCGAGCUGGAGAUGGAGGUCACGGUGCCGUACUCAGCCUGCCGAGCCAAAAGGCCCCUUCGAAAUCUCAGGGGAAAUUUGAGAAGGAAAAAGCGAGGAGAAAAAGUUCGUACAAGAGGGAUUUUGACGGCUCAGUUAUCCUCCCUGUGGGUGGCCAUGGUGGUGAUGUUGUGAUCUAUGCGGACGAGACCAAAGAUACUCUUUUGGAUUUUCACAGGAAGAGUCGGUACAGUGCAAAACGUGGGGGGAAUGUUGAUGCCAUGGGAAUUUUGUCGUCUCAAGUGCACAACGGGCUAGCUGGCCCCACCCUACGUAUUCCAGUGCCUUUAGGUACCGUUGUAAAACAUAAAAGGGGAAAGCUUCUGGCUGAUUUGGCUCGUCCUGGUGAUGAAGUUGUUGUGGCAAGAGGUGGACAAGGAGGGAUAAGCUUGCUGGAAAUGCCUGAGCAUAAGAAGAAAAAGAUGGCGGCUUUAACCACCAAUGUGAUGAGGGAUGAUAAUGACAAGGUUUUGACCCUUGGGCAGCCUGGAGAAAAAGUCAGUCUGCAGUUGAUACUAAGAGUCGUUGCUGAUGUUGGUCUUGUUGGGCUGCCAAAUGCUGGAAAAUCCACCCUGCUGGCAGCUAUAACACUUGCAAAACCUGAUAUAGCCGAUUAUCCAUUUACAACGUUGAUGCCAAACUUAGGACGCCUUAAUGGUGAUCCCAGCUUGGGGUCCGAGCAAUUUUCAUCUCAGGCAACAUUGGCAGAUAUGCCUGGACUCAUUGAAGGUGCUCAUUUGGGGAAGGGUCUCGGCCGCAAUUUUUUGAGACAUUUGAGGAGAACUAGGAUGUUGGUUCACGUUGUUGAUGCAUCCGCGGAGAAUCCAGUGUGUGACUACAGGACAGUGAAAGAGGAGUUGCGGAUGUACAAUCCUGAUUACCUUGAUCGACCAUACAUUGUUGUUCUAAACAAGAUUGACAUCCCUGAGGCAGAACAGAGACUUGCCAAGUUAACUGAAGAAAUAUGGAGAAUAGGAAGUGAUAAGCAAGCCACUUUACAAUUGACUGUUGAUGAGGACAAAAGAGCUAAUGAUGUUCCUAUUGACAAGAAGGUCAAGCCGAUUGGAGAAUAUCCGAAGCCUUUUGCUGUUGUGGGCAUUAGUGUGCUGAAAGGCAUACGGGUGGAUGAGAUGCUGAAGGAUAUAAGAGCUGCCUUGCGAAGAUGCAGAGAUUCUGCUGGAUCACAAGAAAACUAA